GUUGUCUCAACCACGGUCCAGUGGUUUUAACUGUUUUCAAGAUCUAAUAUAUAAAAGGGAGAGUGUUUAUCAAAGAACCAACAAACAGAGUAAACAUUCACUUCUCUUGGAAUACACCUAAGAGUAGCAACAAUGAAUCGAAUGGUCACUCUUUGCUGUGCUUUCCUGCUGGUCACAUCAUCUCAAGCAGGAUAUUCCUCUGAGAGCGAAGAAUAUGCUGAAGGUUAUGGAAUUGGAAACGCACACGGAGGUGGAUAUGGCGGAGGAGAAGGAGGAGGCUAUGGUGGUGGCGAAGGCGGUGGAUAUGGUGGUGGCGAAGGCGGUGGAUAUGGAGGUGGCAGCGGUUUAGGACAUGGAGGUGGAAGUGGACUAGGCCACGGAUUUGGUGGAGGAAAAGGCCUUGGAAGUGGACUUGGAAGUGGUAUCGGAAAAGGUUCUGGACUCGGAAGCGGCUUAGGCAGCGGUCUAGGAAGCGGAAUCGGAAAAGGUCUCGGAAGUGGCAUUGGGAGUGGAAUCGGGAAAGGCCUCGGAAGCGGCUUAGGCAGCGGUCUAGGAAGCGGAAUCGGAAAAGGUCUUGGCAGUGGCAUCGGAAGCGGCAUUGGAUUUGGAAAAGGAGCUGGAAUCGGAAGUGGGAUCGGUAGUGGAAUAGGAAAAGGUGCUGGAAUUGGAAGUGGUAUCGGUAGUGGAAUAGGAAAAGGUAUUGGAAGUGGUAUUGGCAGUGGAAUUGGAAAAGGAAUCGGAAGUGGCAUCGGUAGUGGAAUAGGGAAAGGCACUGGUAUCGGAAGUGGCAUCGGUAGCGGAAUCGGGAAAGGCACUGGUAUCGGAAGCGGUAUUGGUAGCGGAAUUGGAAAAGGUGCUGGAAUUGGAAGUGGUAUUGGUAGUGGCAUCGGAAGUGGAAUAGGAAAAGGAAUUGGAAGUGGUAUAGGUAGUGGUAUCGGAAGUGGAAUCGGAAGUGGUAUCGGUAGUGGAAUAGGAAAAGGAAUUGGAAGUGGUAUCGGGAGUGGAAUAGGGAAAGGUGCUGGAAUUGGAAGUGGUAUCGGUAGCGGAAUUGGCAAAGGAAUUGGAAGCGGUAUUGGAAGUGGUAUCGGUAGCGGAAUAGGAAAAGGAAUUGGAAGUGGUAUUGGUAGCGGAAUAGGGAAAGGCGCUGGUAUCGGAAGUGGUAUUGGUAGUGGAAUAGGAAAGGGUGCUGGAGUCGGAAGUGGUAUCGGUAGUGGAAUUGGAAAAGGAAUUGGAAGUGGUAUCGGUAGUGGAAUAGGAAAAGGCGCUGGAAUCGGAAAAGGUCUUGGAAGUGGAUAUGGAAAAGGAUCUGGUAUUGGAAGUGGUUUUGGUAAAGGAUUAGGUGGAGGUGUUGGUAAGGGACUUGGUGGUGGAGCUGGCAAAGGAUUAGGUGGAGGUUACGGUCUUGAAGAAAGUUACGGGGAAGGUCAUGGUCUUGCUGCUGAUUAUGACGAACAUCAGUUAAGUGGAGGCUAUGGUAACAGUCAAGAGCUUGAUUCCUUGGAAGGUGGACAUAUUGGAGGAUACAGCGGAGAAUACGGAGUAGGUCUGGAUGGAGAUUUUGAAGGAAAUGUUUUAACAGUUCCAAUUGUCAAUGAUGCAUCCCUGUUAAAACAUAUUCCAGUUACCCAACAUAUCAAAGUAGGAGACAACGAUGAUUUAAGUGGAGUAUAUGAAGGCGAUUUUGACAAUGGCAGUUAUGGAGAAUCCAGUGAAGAAGGAUAUGGACUUUAAAAUCAUGAAAAAAAUGUGGUGCUUAAACUAUGAAACGUCUGUCAGAUUGAAAGUGAAAUUAAUUUGAGUAAGUGAUGCUCACACUUAGUGCACUGGACGUCUUUAUUUAUUUUCUGUAUAUAACAAAUAAAGUGAAAGCACAAUAAAAAUCUUUUUUUUUCUUUUGA